AACCACCUGUUGUCCUUGAAUCACAAUGCCUUGGCUAGUCCCACACCAACCUGGUUCUCCUGACAGCAUCUGAUUUGUGAACUGCUCAGUAUCGCUUUGUAUCUUCAAUCUUACAUUUUGCGUGACUCCGUAAACUCCUUCAAUGCUAGUGGCGUGGCUCGAAAAACAGAGCGUCACGGAGACCCUUUGGCUGCCAGGCAUCGCCAAUAGGUUCCCAGAUGCACCGUUUUCUGUCAUAAUCUUUCGGUUACCUCUACUGUGUGACGAGGCUCAUGUCAAAUAACGGAGCUGUAUCUUAUUUCAGGUGGGGUCACGCCAGCUGACUAGUUCGAAUCCGGAUAUCAAAAUAGAGAAUAAUAUUGCUUCGCGUCGUGCAGUCAGCUUACAUGGCGUAUCACCACAGCCUCAUCUUCGGUCUCGGCGGGAUCCCGUUGAUGAAAUCGUCAACGGUCGCGAACGCCGUCAGCGAAAAAGUAGCCAAACCAGGCGGGUUACCAGAACCAGUUCUAGAGCUCGCGAAAAGAGUGUACCAUAACACCAUACCCGCGUCGCUUAGCUUGACAGGAGGCGGAACCAUCGGGCGGAGCGGCGGCGGAACGAUCGGUCGCAGCGGCGGAGGGACGAUUGGCAGACGGAAGAAGUCGAAAAAGGACCAGCUUCCGUUUCCGCCGACGAAGCCUCAGCAAUGCGUUGAAGAAGCCAAGUUCCUGUCGAUCGAGACUGCCGCCAUAAUGCGAAAGCUGCUAUGGCUCUGGUCGACGAUUAGCCCUGAACAGAUCGAACGGCUGCGGACGAACCUCCAGGAGGACAAGGCUGUUCUCACUUACGUUUGCCCUGACCCCGCGCACCUAUGGACUCUAGCAGGCUUAGAGCUGAUGGAGGUCUUAGAGAGGAUGGGCGAGCGGGUGGCGGCAAUGGGCCUCAAGUGCGGGGAGAGGCGGCUACACCAGCUGGCGAAUGUGUUUGGGGAGAUGCGGCACCCCGAGACAGUCUUCUCACACUUCAGGCUCGACGCCCAGGAGCAGGAGACGCUGUUCUGCUUCAUGCAGGAGGAGGUGGAGAAGCUGGGGGACGUGCGGAGCUGCAUGGAGCGACUCAACACUCUGCGAUCCCUGCUAAGGAAGAAGAAGCCUGCACCCGCCACAAGCCUCCUCUCAGAGCUGCAAGCAGUCUCGGCUGAUACGAUGGACGAUGGCAGCAGCGACGGAAAGGGCGAGCCGGAGAAGGAGAGUGACUCGUCCUCUUGGAUGCCUCGGUGCGACCUGCCAGGGGCAGAAGAGAUCCUCAAACUGACGGCAACCAUAUCGGAGCUGCAGAGCCGGUGCCUGUGGUCCGUGGAGCUCGAUCAUGUGGUUAGGCUGCUGGUGCUGGCAAUCAUCCUACUGAGAGACAGAAUCAUAUCCGUCUUUGCCAUCAACGUGCGCUCCUCCGAUGCGUUGACUCGCGAGGACUCACUGGGCCGAGCCGGACUGGCGCUGCGAUACGCCAAGGUCAUCAACCUGGCGGAGAAGCUCAUGAAGUACCCUUUUAUGGCUGCCGGCAAUACAAGGGACGAGCUGUACGGCCUCCUGACCUAUAACACCAAGAAGGACCUCGCUCUGCGCCUCUCCAAGCCUGUCGCCUCCACCAAGUGCAAAGACACCAAGACAAAAGAUGCCGCCAGGGGAAAGAAUGCGGAGAACAGGGACGCUGAUGAGGAUAAGGAUGAGGAGGACGAGGAGGGGGGUGAUGAUGACGAUGAUCAAUUCACAUGGCUCAAGAAGCCCAGUCCGUUGAACGAUCCGCGAGGUGUGGGUGGUGAAGGAGGAGGAGGAGGUGGGGGGGAGGAGGAGGACGAGGAGGAGGAGAUGGAGGAGUGGGAGAGGAGGAUGCGGAAGGCGCUCAGCCUGCUGCCGCUGCUUGCGCAGCACACGGUAGCAUGGAACGAUGCCAUCACGGUGAAACCAUCUUCUAACCGCAAGGCAACGCGCUUACUGAGGGUUCAGACCCUGUACCACGCCCAGAAGUCGAUCGUGGACGCUUCCCUCCUGGACGCCCUAGAAGGCGUCUCCCGCCUCGUGGCCUCCGACGCCUCCAACCUCACCCAGCUCAACUCGCGCAAGAUGGAAGCCAUAGCCGCCGAGGCCCGGAAGAAGCUCGACAAAACCUCCGCAGACUCCAAGAAACCCCGGCCCGUCAUGAUCUCUGGAAUCUUCAAGCCCAAGCGCGCCGCCGCAGGAAUAGUACACGGCGCGCCGCUCCCCAUGGUGUUUGAACCAGCCACUGAGGUCGGCAAGGUGACAGCCAAGGGGAAAGUGGCAGAGCUGUCGCCGCGGGCUGCCGUGCCGCUGUCCCCCACUGGGUCCUCUGCUGCUGCUCCUGCUGCGAGCUUUCUAGUGAAAUCAGAGUCAGUGUCGGCUCCAAGGGCGGUCUCUCCCUCUGCGGCUGCCUCGGCCCGAACCAGGUUUCCCACAUCAGCUUCUGUCGCUUCUUCUGCUGCUUCUGCUGCUGCUGGAGCUGCUUCUGGCCAUCCUAAGUUUCCCACGUCGGCUUCUGUCGCUGCUGGGUCGUCUGCUACUGCUGCUUCUGGUUCGUCAGGAUGGAUUCUGAAGGCCCCACGCCCCCUCCCGGCAUCGAAAGCAAGCCCCCUUGUACCAGCCGCAGCGGCUGCAGCCGCCUCAGGCCAAACCACGGCUCCUCUCUCUCCCUCCCCUCUUUCUCCGUCUCUCCUCUCUCCCUCUCUGCUCUCUCCGUCUCUGCUCUCUCCCUCCUCUGUACCACCCUCUGACUUACCCUCACUUGAAGCCGCCUCCUCCCUAUCUCUGCCCCCCUUGCACCCCUCUGCCAUACUCCCCUCUGCCCUGCCCCCCUCUGCCAUGCCUCCCACCUCAUCACCUGACGCCCUCACCUCCCCCAGAGGCCCCUUGAAACCGCGCCCCCCCUCCCAGCCCCCUGUUCGCCCGCCCUUCCGUGGCUCAGCUGCCAACAGCAUGGACCUAACCGCAGGGGGAGAUGCCCCACGCUCCCCAAGGGGGUACCUGCGCGCUGCAGCAGCAGGUGAUUCUGGGGGAGGUGACAACCUGAGGUCCCCCAGGGGGUAUGUCCGGGCUGCGGGUGAUACUUGGGGGGGGUCUGCUGGGGGUGCGGGAGCAGCAGGGGGUGGGUCUGCAGAUGUGCCACCUCGAUCCCCUCGGGCUUACGUUCGCUUUGCGGAUUCUCCGGCUGUUCUGGGUGGGGACAGCAGCCACAGCAGCAGCAGUGGCAUUGGUGACGGGGAUAGGGGAGAAAAAACAGCAGCAGCUGCAGCAGGUGGGUUCAGGGAAGGUGUAACCAAGGAAGGCUCACCUGGUCCAUCAUCGCCCCACGGCCCAUCCAAGCUGGGUCCUGGUGCCAUCAACAGCAGCAGCACAGAGGGGGCCUCUGCCUCCCUAGAUCGCCCAGUGAGUCCCCUCGGCCUAUCGCAGCAGUCCGCGCCAUCCAUUACAAUCACACCUCCCUCUCACGCCCGCGUGGCAUCCACCUUCCGAGCCCCCGUCCCCCCCGCCCUGCUCUCCCCCACCUGCGUGGUUUUCGACGCCACACCCAAGUCCCCCGCCCCUGUGGCUAGCUUGCAGCGGCUCAAUGCGCGGAAGGAGACGCGUGACGAGCCGUUUGUCACAACAGAAGGGUUGCAAGCACAGGCAUUGGCACAGGCCCAGGCCCAGGCGAUGAAAGCACAAGCAGAAGCACAGGCAGAGGCAGAAGCACAGGCACAGUCACAAGAGGUUGCGCGGCUGCAAGCACUGCCGUCCUUCUCUCUAGACGGCUCAUGUGGUAGAGAAGGCCAGGUUGCUUCCUCCCUGCCUCCAGAGCUCCGUCCCGCCACUCCUCCUGCUGCUGUGGCUGCUGCUGCUUCCGCCUCUCCUGUGCCUCCCCUCUCUUCUGCUUCUGCCCCACAUGCCUCUCCCCAUGGCACCUCCCUCUCGUCAAGCCCUCGCCCCUCUACUGCUCCAUCCUCCUCCUCUCGCCCCACCACCCCUUCUUCCCGCCCCACCACUCCACCUCUAAAAACCUCACUGCCUUUCCUCUUAGGCUCUUCCUCUAGCCUUUCCUCUGGUUCGCUCUUGUCCAAUCGGCCCUCGGAUGCAGUCACAUGCGAGUGCACCACGGGGCUAGGCAUGCGCAGGGACAGGCUCAGGAGCGUGUGGGUGGAGAGGGAUGAGGAGGAGUGGGAGGGGGAGGGUGCAGGAGAGGAGGAUGGGAGGAGCCUAAGAGACGGGGCGGGGGGAGGGGCAACGCCCCCUAGAUCGAGGAGGAAUUCGUUAAGUCGGAGUAUCGGAGGCGCGCUGAGGGUGCUGCAGAGGGGGAGGAGCGAGCAGGAGAGAGGGAGGCACAGCAGCCUGAGGAGCAGUAAUUUAAGCACAAGUAUUGGCAGCAGUGGGAGUGGUGGUGCUGGCAGUUUUGAUGGGCGAGGGAGCAUGCUAGGUGGUGGCGGUGGUGGCGGAAGUAGUGGUGCCGGCGGUGGUGGUGGCAGAGGUGGCAGCGGCGGUGGCGGCGGUGGUGGUGGCGGUGGUGGUAGCGGUAGCAGUGCUAGUGGAUUUGGUGGUGGUGGUAGUGCUAGUGGUGCAGUAAGUGCUGCUGGUGGUGGUGCGAGUGGUGCUGCUGCUGGUAGAGGUCCUGCUGGUGCUGGUGGUAGUGCUGCUAGUGGCACAGUAAGUGCUGCUGGUAGUGAUCCUGCUGCUGCUCCAAGAGGCUUAGCCACUGGUGGCCAUUACAACAAAAGAAGCACUGGCGAUGUUAGUGUCGUAAGUGGGGGAAGGAGUAGUGUGACCGGUGGUGGGAGCAUUGGCGCUGGAAGCAUGGGCGGUGUUAGCACGCUUGGUGCUUCAAGCAGCACCACACAUCACCAUUCCGGUGGAAUCAGCUCCGGAAGCGCGGACAGUAAAAUCCCGUAUGGAUUUGAGCGUCCUUUGCCUGUAGUCAAGCGACCAAGUAGUAGCGGAGGUAGGAGGCCAGCAACUAGUGGUGCUAGAAAUGGCGAGGCUUUAUCAAAAGCUGAUAACGACGAGCCCGCGGAGCUAAGGCGAGCAUCUACAAGAGGAUAGCUCCACAGGAUAGGAGUAGUAGUUAUGUGAGCUUUGGGUUGUUGUGGAUGUGUUCCACUUUUGUGUUGGGUUGCUAUUUACUGUAAAUGAUUUAGUUACGGACUCUUGG